CAGUGUUAGGGGUUGCUGCUUCUUCUCUAAAUCCAGACCCAAUGAACAAUUGUGGGUUGGUAAGGGCUCUAGAGUCUUCGAGAUCACUCUCUCGUUGCCAGAAUCAGAGAGUAAACACUGGUAGGAGGAAGCAAACAACAGCCUGGAGCUUUUCUUCGCAAGAUAUUGUUCUCCCUGGGAGUUUGAGUUUGUUGGGUGAGGCUUAUGAUCGAUGCGGCGAAGUUUGCGCUGAAUAUGCUAAAACGUUCUAUCUCGGAACUUUGCUUAUGACACCCGAAAGGCGAAAAGCGAUUUGGGCUAUCUACGUUUGGUGUAGAAGAACAGAUGAACUCGUAGAUGGGCCUAAUGCUUCACAUAUAACUCCAAUGGCGUUAGAUAGAUGGGAAGCAAGGUUAGAGGAUCUUUUCCGUGGCCGUCCUUUCGAUAUGCUUGAUGCUGCCCUCGCCGAUACCGUUGCUAGAUACCCGGUUGAUAUUCAGCCAUUCAGAGACAUGAUCGAAGGAAUGAGAAUGGAUUUGAGGAAGUCGAGAUACAAGAACUUUGAUGAUCUCUAUCUUUACUGCUACUAUGUCGCGGGAACCGUCGGUUUGAUGAGCGUUCCGGUUAUGGGCAUCGAUCCUAAGUCCAAAGCGACCACCGAGAGUGUUUACAACGCUGCCUUGGCCCUCGGUAUAGCUAAUCAGCUUACCAACAUUCUCAGAGACGUAGGCGAAGAUGCGAGAAGAGGAAGGGUUUAUCUGCCCCAAGACGAAUUAGCGCAGGCUGGUCUCUCAGAUGAAGACAUAUUCGCCGGAAAAGUGACUGAUAAAUGGAGAAACUUCAUGAAAAUGCAGCUUAAACGAGCAAGAAUGUUCUUCGACGAAGCUGAGAAAGGCGUCACGGAGCUCGACGCCGCAAGCAGAUGGCCGGUAUGGGCAUCGCUGCUAUUAUACAGGAGGAUACUGGACGAGAUUGAAGCGAAUGAUUACAACAAUUUUACAAAGAGAGCUUAUGUAGGGAAAGCCAAGAAAAUUGCAGCUUUGCCAUUGGCUUAUGCAAAAUCAGUGCUAAAGACUUCAAGCUCAAGAUUAGCUUCUUCUUCUAAGUCGACA